AUGGUCGGCAUCAACAGUCUCGACGCUUUCUCGCGCUCUGUCCGGAGAGCCGCUACUUUCAAGAACGUGCGAGUCGUCUUUCACAAGAUCACACCGGGCAGCGACGAAGAGACUGCCAGAGACGACGGAGAUGCGCAAAGACCUACGGCUGCGCAGAACGCGCAAAAUACGCAAAGCAGAAUGGCCAACGAGCAGACGCCGUUGCUCGACCACGGCAAGCCGGCACCGGCUGAGGCACAAGAUUGCAGCAUUCACCUGAGCCAAAAAAUGCACCGGCAUUCAUACUUACGGAUCGAGGCGCUCUGCAAGCAAAGAGACGAAACCCGCUCGCAGCAGAAGGAGGAGGAUAGAGAACCGCUGCUGGCGAAGAGAGUGGAGCGUCACGAUGGGACGUUCGUAGACGUGAUAGGCGGUCAAAGCAGCCUGUCACAGACGAUCUUCAACUCUUCCAAUGUUCUGAUUGGGGUGGGAAUGCUCAGUCUGCCGCUGGGCAUACGGUACGCCGGCUGGGUCAUCGGCCUAAUACUCCUCCUCACCUCCGCUUUCGUGACGAAAUACACCGCCAGCUUACUAGCCAAGUGUCUAGACGUCGACAGCUCGCUCGCCAACUUCGCCGACAUUGCCUUUGUGGCCUUCGGCGAGAAGGGUCGCGUAGGAACGAGCGUUAUUUUCACCCUCGAGCUCGUAGCAGCCUGCGUCAGCCUCGUCAUUCUCUUCGCCGACUCACUCGAUAGCCUGAUCGAAGGACCCAACGACGUGCACUGGAAGAUCCUAUGCGGGUGCAUAUUGGCUCCUCUGAACUUCUUCCCCAUGCGCUGGCUCAGCUUUACCUCGUUCCUGGGAAUAUUCUGCGGCAUUGCAUUGAUCGUCAUCACAUUCGUUGCCGGCUUUCUCAAGUCGAGCAGUCCUGGAUCGCUACUCGAUGUGGCGACGACGUAUGCUUUGCCAGAGCAUUGGAAAGCUCUGCCGUUGAGCUUCGGGCUGAUCAUGGCUGUCUGGGGUGGCCAUUCAGUCUUUCCGAAUCUAUACCGAGACAUGAAGCACCCGAACCAGUACGGAAAGGGCCUGAGUAUCAUCUUUUCGUUUGUGACAAGCGUGGAUCUCGUCAUGGCCGUGCUAGGCUACCUCAUGUACGGUAGCAACACUCUGGAUGAAAUCAGCACCAACGUGAUGAAGACCGAUGGAUACCCGCAGGCAGUCAGAGUGUUGGUCCUGGUGACGAUCGCUAUCAUACCAUUGACGAAGUUCCCGUUGAACUGCUCGCCCAUAAUAUCUACCCUCGAGGUGGUGUUCAGGAUUGAUCCACGCGCCGCCACGAUCAAGCCGAAUCGAUUCAAUCAGUCGCCAUUCCUCACCAAGCUGCUCAAAGCAAUCUUCCGGAUAGUCACCACAGUCGUUAUCGUCUUGAUAGCGAUCGUGGUGCCGUCGUUUGAAGUCAUAUCCGCAAUCAUGGGUGCGGGCUUCUGUUUUCUGAUCUGUGUGAUCUGCCCAGCCGUUUUCCACCUCAAGCUCUUCCACGGCGAGAUCGACAGAUGGCAGAUGAUACUGGACUGGAUUUUGAUCAUCGUUUCGACAGUGUUGGCAAUCGUGGGAACGGCUUGGGAGUUCCUUCCUAAGGAGUGGAUGGGUCUGUGA